AUGACCCUGCCGACGAUCCACGUGGGGAUGUUGUUUAGCACGUCUUGCUGGUACAGAGACCCGCACGGGCUCCCGUGGGUGGAGUACUUGCACUAUGGCGCCCAGAAAAUUUGGUACUCUGUGCCCUCUCAUGCCGAAGGAGCUUUCCGGACUGCGAUGCAAGACGUCAUGCCUAUGCACACACUCCGGAGUCACUCGCAUUGCCCUAUUUGGCUGCCGUCUGACUCUGCCAUGGUACCGAUUGAGGAGCUGUUGAAGCGCAACGUGCCCGUAUCGAGGGCGGUUCAAGAGCCAGGCAGUUUCGUGGUGAUAUUUCAGAAAUGCUUCGCAUCCUCCAUUUGCUGCGGUUACGCCGUGUCGGAGAGCGUCAACUUUGCCCCGUCCGACUGGUUGACUACGUGCAUGGACGCCUUCAUGAUGAUGGAGUUUAGCAGGGAAGAAGCGUAUUUCUCUAUUGAACGAUUCUUGUGCAAUGUUGCCACUGAUCUGAAGGUUGACGCCAAUGUUCUGUCUCAGGUACCGAUUGAGGAGCUGUUGAAGCGCAACGUGCCCGUAUCGAGGGCGGUUCAAGAGCCAGGCAGUUUCGUGGUGAUAUUUCAGAAAUGCUUCGCAUCCUCCAUUUGCUGCGGUUACGCCGUGUCGGAGAGCGUCAACUUUGCCCCGUCCGACUGGUUGACUACGUGCAUGGACGCCUUCAUGAUGAUGGAGUUUAGCAGGGAAGAAGCGUAUUUCUCUAUUGAACGAUUCUUGUGCAAUGUUGCCACUGAUCUGAAGGUUGACGCCAAUGUUCUGUCUCAGGUCUUGUCGAAAUUGGAGGCAUUGUACAGCAAAGAAGAAGAAUUACUCACCAAUCUGAAAAUGCGUGGAGUUACAUUCGUCAGAUCUUCUCAAAAUGUGAGCAAAAAUCACGAAGGCGUUGAUCGGAAAAACGUGAAGCGGAGCGAUUCUAGUAGGCCAAAAGACGCGUCCAAUGAUGAGGUGGAAGAGCCGGUUUGUGAUGUUUGUUCGCGAAGGAGUUACUUUUCAUGGGUGGAGACCAAGAGCGACAUGAAUCUUUGUCUCAAGCACGGAGAACGGUUUUUGAAGAAGCAUCCCAAAACCAAGGCGGCAGAUAUUAAAGUCAUAAUCAGAAAGUCAAAGGAGGAAAUCCGAUCAUGCAUUAACAAAGCCAAAUCGCGAAUCAUGGAGCUGAGCCAGCGAAAAUUGAGCAAGCCAUGAAUUUGACUCUUCAGACGGAGCAGGAACCCUUCCUUGUUCCCAAAACAUAGCUAUGGGAAGCAUCAUCUUCCAAUGAGACCGGGAAAUGAUCUCAGAAAGAGCUGAAACUUUUUUCAUCAUGUGUCAGAUUAUUUACCUGAAGUCGAAGCUGCUGUUGAUCCUACAUUGCAGUGUUCUACAUGUUUUUCCUCCCCGAGUCUAAGUGUUAUAUUAAUCCCCACUCGUGUUUCGUCACGCGAAUGUGAUAUUUUUCUACUUUUAAACGAUUCUCAAGCAUUGGAUUUUACUUUAAUUUUGUAAGUCGAGAAAGAAGUUGUAUUGUGUGCACGAUUCUGCUUCUGCUUUGCAAUUGAGUGGCUUCGGGUCGUUGACUGAAAUUGUACAACGGAAAAAAAGUUCAACUGUGAAAACUUGUGAUCGCGAUGUGGUGGUCUGUUGUUGGCGAUGUUGACGGGGACCAGCCAAACGUGUCAUUUUUAGUUUUCGCUUGUGAUGCCAAUGAAGUGGAUCAAAUGUUUUCAGUGAACGAAA